AUGACCGCAGCUCCCGGAGUCCACCACGCCAUCCGCCGAGGCGCGGUCGCGUGGGCCGAUGGGCGCAUCUACCUCGGUCGCACGCGGGCCGCAACGAGCAAUGUAUCUUUCGGAUUGAGUCGACGACAUGCUUCUUCGUCGUCGCAAGAGAAGCGGCCGCGGACGGCACUUUUCUUCCCAGGCCAAGGAGUGCAAAAAGUCGGCAUGGUAACACCAUGGCUUGAGGCCUUCCCGCGGACGGCAAAGCCCAUAAUCGAGGAGAUUGACCACUGCAUGGGCUUUAAGCUCUCCGAUACCAUCGCCGAGGGCCCCAGCAAGUUGCUGACCAAGACGCCCAACGCGCAACCGGCCAUCAUGGCGACCUCGAUCCUGAUCCUCCGCAUCCUCGAGCGCGAGUUUAACUUUGACGUUGCCCAGCGCGUCGACGUCACGCUGGGCCACUCGCUCGGCGAAUUCGCCGCGUUGGUGGCCGGCGGCUAUCUCGAAUUCGAGGACAGCCUGUACCUGGUGCGGAAGCGGGCCGAAGCCAUGGCGGAGGCGACGCAGCGCGCCGUCAAGGAGCACGGCGGCGAGUAUGGCAUGGUGGCCAUCGUUACGGAGCCGCAAUACUUAAGCCCGCUGAUCGCGGCGAUCCACGACUUUGUGGGCCACUCGAGCGCCGGGUCCAAGGGUGACAGCUCCGAAGAUGUGCCGCCUAUUGAGCAGGUGCACAUCGCCAAUGUCAACAGCAAGAACCAGAUUGUACUAAGCGGCAACAUCGAACGUAUAAAGACCCUGUCGACGCACGUGCGGCAGUUCCUCGGUCACGACCCCCGCGCUGUGAGGUUGAACAGCGAUAGCCCUUUCCACAGCCCGCUCAUGAAGCCCGCCGUCGGGGUGGUGAGGAACAUCCUAUCGAGAAAGAGCCGCGUUAAGGGGCGCGAAGGAGAAGACAUCAUCACGUUCCCUGCAAAGGUGCCGUGCGUGAGCAACGUGACUGCACGGCCAUUCGAGAGCAGGGCGGAAGUUAAGGACCAUUUGGCACGGCAGUGUCUCGAGACGGUGCAGUGGUGGGACAGUAUUAAGUACCUCGACCAGGAGGAGAAGGUGAGACGGUGGAUCGGCAUCGGGCCGGGCAAGGUCGGGCGGAAUCUGGUCGGCAAGGAGGUGGGAAUGAGGGGCAAGGACUCGGUCAAGGGCGGCGGCGUCUGGGGCAUCACAGACCCGAGCGAAAUCGAGGAGAUGCUUAGGGGAUUGGAGGAAACGGAAAGGUUGUCGGAGGAGGAGAAUGAGUGA